UACAUUAUCUUCUCUCACUCCUCAGGGCUUCCAUUAUCAAUGAGAUGGUAUCCACUAGUCUGGAGAGUGUUUGUAAUAUCAAUCCUCAUCUCACUCGUCUCCAGACACUUAACGAACUCGAGUCAACUUUUCAACUUGUUCUUGAACCCGACCUUUCUCCUAGUGUAUUACUGAGUAAUUGGAAGGGAAAACUAUCAAACAUGAGCACUGAUUUUGAGUUGGUUGAGUUGGUCCUCUCGGUUCGAUUCCAUGCCUUACUCUCUGUCCUGCCUCACUAUAAGAGGAGUGGUGGAGAGAAUGAGUCAUUGAUACAGUCGGGACUUCUUAAUGUGUUGUCAACUAAAGCUAGUCUAGCUAUUGAAGCACAGCAGUACCAG